AUGUCCCUCAAACACAAUAACACAGCGCCAAGAACUCAGGUACUCCAAAUGGCACUCGAUCGCGCAGAUAUUGACUCGCAAGGCCAACUUCAAUUGCCCGUCGGAGGUCCUGCCAUCGCCAUCAAUGUCUCUACACGAUCCACCCCCACCGAUCCUCCCAGCGUAACAUCCAAAGAGAAACGCCACCACGCAGUUGUCAAGCUGCGUAAGGUACUGCAUAUGAGUAAACCAUCCGACCACGUUAUCCCUGCCGACCGAACCGUACUCGCACAAGAUGCCGACGCGCAAUCCGACGCCCGCCUAGUUCACGCCUUGCCACACACCGAGAAACAUACAGUAAAGGAAAUGCUGCAUUCGCCAAUCGCUACGGCAAAGGCGAAGGUUACAGGCCAAGGGAGCCAUGAAGUUGCUGCCAACAUGGCGGCCAAGGAGAUUCCGCAUGGGCAGGAAGUCGAUUUGAUGAAUGCGGAGACGGGUUUAAGUGGGGCGCAGACAGAGGAUGAGUCGAGGGUGGCCAAGGGGGUUCUCGAGAGAUUAUUGCGGGAGAGACAGACGACAUACGCGCGAUGGACAUUGGAUCGGCAUGUGUCUAAGCUGAGAGUCCUGCCAAAGAGGGAGAAGCCGACUUUGGUAGACUUCGAGACUGAUGUACAUGGGGAGGGACGCGUUAUUGAUUGGAGGGGAUACGCAGAGCGGAUGUCGGAUUACUACGCGCAUCGGUAUGGCGGGCAAUAUGUGGGCUAUGGAUCAGAUCCACCGCCACCAUCAAAGAAGACGAUCAUGCCGAACAUCGAGCGUCUUAUGAUUGCAUCUUUGCCGCUGCAGGAGCUGAUUAUGACGAUUAGGAGAGUAUAUCGGUGGGAAAGUCCUCUCGAGACGAUAAAGUAUCUUUCCGUGUGCUGUGGAUUGUGGUGGUUUGAUUUACUGCUUCCGGGUGCUAUUUCUUGGGCGAUCUAUCUGGUCCUCGAGCGUCGGUACCACGGUGUCACACUCGGAGCAUUGCGCGAGGACAUCAAGCGUCGAGAAGAUGCCGCAAUCACAGCCAGGUCAAUCACAGAACUGAUUGUCAAGGAAGGUGACGAGAAGUGGGUAGACGAGCUUACUGCAGGAUUGGGUUCGUGGUCUAUGAUCCAGCUGGCAGAUCUAGCGAACUCUUUUGAGAGCAUGCGCAACUUCUAUGAGUGGAGAGUUCCAUCUCGCACAAUGGUCUCCCUUGUAUUACUCGUAUUGACUGUUCCGCUUACCGUUUUUGUGCCACUUCGGAUCUUGGUCAAGGCCAUGACACUGAGUGCUAUGAUUACCUUCUUUGGGCUGUUUCCGCUCGCGACGAACUUUCCUGAGUAUCGAUUGCUAGUGUCACCGUCGAAACGUCUACUAUGGAACAUACCUACACAUGCCGAAUGGGCAAUCAAAUACAUCCAAGCGAGCGGUGCAUUCGUCAACGAUCGUAUGAACGAGAUCCCAGAUUCCGAGCGUAUGUCUGAAGCAGAACACUACGGCUCAUACACCGCACACUACGAGAAUAUCAAUGGCCGCAUCGUUGUGCAGUCCGACUCCAUCGUAUUUGUGUCCAAGAUCACAAAUAUGCAUUGGACGGUGCCGUAUGCCGAGAUGCGGAAGCUGGAGAAGCUUGAUCGUAUCGCGACCAAGAACGUGCCCGAACUUUUCCAAAGCGACUCUGGACAGGAUCUGAAAAUUACGGGCAAGGAUGAGGUAGAAAGAGUACUUUGUAGCGUAGACAAGAGAGACGAGGUUUUCUCACAGAUUGUAGGGUAUAGUGGCUGUCAAUGGCAGGUCGUUUGGUAA